GCCCCUAUAUAAAACGACGAGUCACUCGGAACAGAAGCGAAGCACACAGUCAAGUCGGUCAGUGAUGGCGGGAAGCGACCCCCGGAAGCACCUCAUGAACUUGAUUCACGACUUCGCCUCCGAGAAGUCUCAGGGAGAGCGAAGAGUGGUCGGCCUGAGGAAGCGAAUCGAGGAGCUGACGUCUGAGCUUGAGGUCAGAAAUGCGGAGCUCGAAGAAGCCAAGCGGACCAAGGAGUCCAUUGAGCAAGAGGUUCGAGGCUACGAAGUUGAAUUGGCUAUGAAUGAAGCUACGAUUCAAACGCUUGAGUCAAGGAUUUCGCUGACGCAAGAGGAGGUUUCCACAGUUGGAUCUGAUUUGGAAGCUCUUAAGAACAAAGAAGCUUCUGCACGAGAUGAGUUCAUAAGCCAAAUGUUUGAGCUAAACUCUAAGAUAAGGAAGUUCCAAGAGUCAAUUGCUGGGAAAAUUCAUGAGGAGAAUUAUAUGGAAACUGAAGCUGGUGAUGAAGGUCAGGAACUAGUAAGGGAGGAGGUUUCUGAGGUAUCUUUAAGAGCACUUGAGGAAAUGCUUGCCUGUGUUGUAUCUGAGACAGCUAAAGUAGAAGAAGAAUACAAAUCAGAACAGAAUAUUCAAAAGCAAGUCCAGCAGGAGUUCGUUGAUUGUGAAAGGAAGGUAUUCCUGAUGGAGGAGACAUUGAACAUAACAAAGGAAUUGCAAGAUUUGACAAGGCAGACUUCUGAAUUGGAACAGACUUAUGCUACCCUUUGUGAGAACUUGCAGAUGAGAUGUGCAUGUCCAAGUUGUCAUCUAGACAAUGUGGAGGCCCUGGGGGGACUUACUCAAUCAAAUGAAGCAUAUUAAACUUUUGGGUCAGGCAUGUCCACAUACUGGUAGUUUUCACUUGAAAUAGGGUUCGAUAUGGAUGUGAACCAAGGGCUGCCAUGUUUGUUGUUGAGAGUUUUCUCUAUCAACAGGUUCCAAUUUCUUGCUUCAGUUGGGUCUUCUG